CCCGCCAUGGAAACCCGGGAGCCAAUCUGCCGAGCCCGGCAGCGAAUCAGCCGCUCCCGCAGCAGCGCGGCGGCGGCGCGGAGCUGGGCUUGUGUCUUUUAUUUUUUCCUUUUUUUCCUCCCCCUUUUUUUUUCCCUCUUUUUUUCCCCCCUUCCCGCCCUCCCCCCACGCCCGCCCUCCCCCCUGCUCCAUCCUCCUCCUCCUCGCCCCUGCCCACCGCCCCCAGUCGCCGGAGCCGCCGAGCGCUCCCCAUCGCCUCUCCGCCCUCCGCCGUCCCUCCCGCGGCAGCUCCGCCGGCGCCGGCGGAGGCAGAAGCGGAGCGAGGGGCGGCCGCGGGGGCCGCUGCCCGCUUCCCCCGCCGCGGGGGUGUGCGCGGCGGCGGCGGGCAUCGUCGGGGGUGCGCGGAGCGCGGAGCGGAGCCCGGCGCCGUCUCCAUGUUCCAGCUGCCCAUCCUCAAUUUCAGCCCGCAGCAGGUGGCCGGGGUAUGCGAGACCCUGGAGGAGAGCGGGGACAUCGAGCGCCUGGGGCGCUUCCUCUGGUCCCUGCCCGUGGCCCCCGCGGCCUGCGAGGCCCUCAACAAGAACGAGUCGGUGCUGAGAGCCCGGGCCAUCGUGGCCUUCCACACGGGGAACUACCGGGAGCUCUACCACAUCCUGGAGAACCACAAGUUCACCAAGGAGUCCCACGCCAAACUGCAAGCCCUCUGGCUGGAAGCGCACUACCAGGAGGCGGAGAAGCUGCGGGGCCGACCCCUGGGGCCGGUGGACAAGUACCGGGUGAGGAAGAAGUUCCCGCUGCCCCGCACCAUCUGGGACGGCGAGCAGAAGACGCAUUGCUUCAAGGAGCGGACGAGGCAUUUGCUGCGGGAGUGGUACCUGCAGGACCCUUACCCCAACCCCAGCAAAAAGCGGGAACUGGCUCAGGCCACGGGACUUACCCCCACGCAAGUGGGCAACUGGUUCAAAAACCGCAGGCAAAGGGACAGGGCAGCAGCCGCUAAGAACAGGCUACAGCAGCAGGUCCUAACGCAGGGCUCGGUGCGCUCGCUACAAGCGGAAGAGGAGAGCGGCGGGGAGGCGGUGGGGGCCGCCUCCAGCCCCGCGGCCAGCCUCUCCAGCAAAGCGGCCACCUCCGCCAUCUCCAUCACAUCCAGCGACAGUGAAUGUGACAUCUGACACCACCGCCAUGACAAACCGGGGGGAGCGGGAGGUCCAGCUAACCGGUGCCUGCCUGCCUGCCGACGCGACCGGAGCAGCGGGGCGGGCAAUCGCCCGCCCGCGGUCGCCAAACCCGGGGUACGGGGCGCUCCCCAGCCACAUGCCGCCCGCCCGCGCCUCCCGCCCAGUCCCGUAGCAGACUGCAUUAAAAAACGUGAUAAACAUC